UGCCUUUUCAGCAGUGUGAACUGCACCCACACCCAGGCGGCCUCUGGGUGGGUGCUGCUGUGCCAGCAAGUUGGUGACGGAGCAGGAAGGUGAAUCUGCUGGGCCAGGAGCUGCCCCGCCUGGAGCCUCUUUGGCUGCUGCCAGGUGCAGCCUGCAGGCAUUCACAAGGGGAGCCUUGCCGCAGAAGCAGCAUGGCAGAGGGACUGCAGCUGGCCUUCGUGGACUGGCACAGCCCAGAGAAUGCCCAGGAGCACCACACAGCUGAGACGGGCAGCGGGCAGCUGGCUGUGAGGCGGGGGCAGCCCUUCACGCUCACCCUGCACUUCCACUCUGGGAACUACCAGCCUGGGUUCGAUUCCAUGCACCUGAUCGCAGAGACAGGGCCGGGGCCAGAGCAGGCCAUCUUCCCAGUGGGCCUGAGCCAGCCACACACGUGUGAAGCUUGGACAGCCAGCGCAACCUCCGGUGGCCCACAGUCCACGGAUAUCAGAGUCUCUGCUCCCGCAGUGGCUGCCAUCGGGCGGUACCAGCUGAAUGUCCACUUCGACUCUGGCCAGGACUUGUCAUCCUCCUAUCAGCUGGGCGAGUUCAUUCUGCUCUUCAACGCUUGGUGUCCAGAUGACGACGUCUACCUGGAGAGCGAGGCCGGGAGGCAGGAGUACGUGCUGAGCGAGCACGGCAUCAUCUUCCAUGGAAACAAGAACUGGAUCCACCCAGUUCCCUGGAACUAUGAUCAGUUCGAGGAGGAGACAAUUGACAUCUGCCUGAAGCUGCUGGACAGCAACCUGCAGUGCCGCCACCAUCCAGUGCAGGACUGUGCCCUGCGCAGCAGCCCAGUCUAUGUCAGUCGGGUGCUGAGCGCCAUGGUCAACAGCAACGAUGAUGCUGGGGUCCUCCUGGGGAACUGGAGUGAAGAUUAUUCUGGGGGCACCCGCCCCAGCGAGUGGAAUAGCAGCAUCGCCAUUCUGAAGGAGUGGGAACGCUCUGGAGGGCAGCCGGUCAAGUACGGGCAGUGCUGGGUCUUUGCAGCUGUGAUGUGCACAGCGAUGCGCAGCCUUGGGAUCCCAACCCGCGUGGUGACAAACUUUGACUCAGGACAUGAGAAGGAUGGGAACCUGGUUAUCGACAUCUUCUAUGACAACACCGGGCAGCUGCUGCCCCGGGAGAGCAAGGACAGCAUCUGGAAUUUCCAUGUCUGGAACGAGUGCUGGAUGGUGCGUAGAGAUCUGCCCCCUGGGUACGACGGCUGGCAGGUCUUGGAUGCCACACCCCAGGAGUCCAGCAAUGGGCUGUACCGCUGUGGCCCAGCACCUGUCAGAGCAAUCCGGGAAGGUGACAUCCACCUGCGCUACGACACCCCCUUUGUGUUCUCCAUGGUGAAUGCAGACCGAGUGGUUUGGCUGCUCUCUGGGGCAAGCAGAGAAAAACUCCAGUGGAAUCCAAGCGCCGUGGGGAACUACAUCAGCACCAAACGCAUUGGAAGCGACGAGCGAGAAGACAUCACCCACACCUACAAGCACCAGGAAGGCUCCCUGGGUGAGCGCCAGGUGUUCCUGAAGGCCCUCGCUCUCAGCCAACCCUUCAGCCCCGUGAGACCACCCAUCCCUGAGGCCCAGCCCCGGCUGCCUGCUCCCCGUGAUGGCCGUGCCCAGGAACCACCAGCGGGGGCGCAAACCUUUCUCCACCUUCAGCUGGUGGAGAGUCCCGAGAUCGGUCAGGACAUCCACCUCACCAUCCUGGCCCACAACUUAGAGGCUGCCUCCAAGGACCUCAAGCUGAGCCUGAGUGCCCAGUCCGUGCUGCAUAACGGGCACCCCUUGCCCCCCUUCUGGCAGGACACCAUGUACCUCUCCUUCAGCCCCAAGGAAGAAAAACGCAUCCCUUGGCAGAUCUCCUACAGGCAGUACGGCAGGCACCUGCAGGAGGACAAGCAGAUCCGAGUGGUCGCCAUGGGAGAGGAGAACACCUCCUGGCAGAAGGCUUUGGCAGAAAAGACCAUCACGGUGGCCAGCCCCCCCCUCGUGAUUCACAUGCUGGCCCCAGUGGUGCUGAACCAGGCCUUCCAGUUCCGGGUGGAGUUCGCUAACCCUCUGGCCGAGCCUGUCAGUGACAGCCUCCUGACCGUGGAAGGGGGUGGCCUGGUGAGAGGCCAAGCUCAGAUAGAGUUGGGCUUCCUGGCUGCCCGGCAGAAGGCCAGCAUCACACUCCAGCUGAUGCCCUACAAAAGCGGGCCAAGACAGCUGCACGUCAGCCUCAGCAGCAGCCUCUUUCCCCCACUGAAAGGACACAAGCAGCUGCAGGUGGCCGAAGGGGGGGGGAGGACCAGGUGGCUGCUGUAGCAGCAGCAGCGG